AUGUCCCAGCCCAAACGAGUCCUCAUCAUCGGCGCCGGCGUAGGAGGAUGCGCGACCGCAGCACGCCUCGCCCUCGCAGGGCUGGAAGUGACAGUGCUCGAGAAGAACGAGUUUACAGGUGGGAGGUGUUCGUUGAUCUAUCAUGGGGAGCACAGGUUCGACCGCGGCCCCUCGCUCCUCCUCCUCCCUCCCCUCUUCCACCAAACCUUCACCGACCUCCACACAACCCUCGAAGCCGAGGGCGUCGAGCUCCGGAAAUGCGAGUUGAACUAUGCGGUGCAUUUUGGGGAUGGGGAACGGGUGAGCAUGGGCAGCGAUUUGGGGGGGAUGAAGUUGGAGAUUGAGAGGUUUGAGGGUGAGGGGGGGUUUUAUCGGUACCUCGGUUUCCUCAGAGAAGCGCACAAGCACUACGAGCUCUCGGUCAAGCAUGUCCUCAACCUCGACUUCCCUUCCUUGCUAUCGAUGUUCCGGCCCGCCUUCCUCAGGCACAUCUUCGAGCUUCAUCCGUUCGAGUCUGUCUACGCUAGGGCCUGUAGGUACUUUACCACUGAGCGCAUGAGGCGGCUUUUCACGUUCGCGUCGAUGUACAUGGGGAUGAGCCCCUUCGAAGCCCCCGGCAUCUACUCCCUGCUACAAUACACCGAGCUCGCGCAAGGUAUCUGGUACCCCAUAGGCGGGUUUCACAAGAUCGUCUCCGCCCUCAUAGGCAUCGCGGAGCGGCACGGCGCCGUCUUCCGCCUCUCUACACCGGUGGAACGGAUCCUCCUCUCGGCGGACGGCAGGCGCGCAGUGGGGGUGCGCACUGCUGCCGGGGAAGAACUGUUCGCCGACGUGCUGGUGGUCAACGCCGACCUUGUAUGGGCUUACGAGCACCUUCUCCCCCCAACAGCGUACAGCGCCUCGUUGGGCAAACGGAACGCCUCAUGCAGCAGCCUAAGCUUCUACUGGUCUCUAUCGCAGAAAGCCCCCCAGCUACAGACACACAACGUCUUCCUGGCAAACGACUUCCAGCAGUCGUUCGAUAGCAUCUUUAAGCAUAAUUCCCUGCCUAGGGAACCGAGUUUCUACAUCCACGUCCCUUCCCGGCUGGACCCCUCAGCUGCGCCAGAGGGAGGGGACAGCGUGGUCGUUCUUGUCCCUACUGGUCAUCUGAAGCCGCACCCGCACCCGCAGGUGGGGCUGGGAAAAGGACUCCUGGAUUUAGCUAGGGGGGAGUGGGACGAGCCGGAGACGGUGGGUGAACAGGUUGAGAGAGCGAGGAGGGAGGUGAUCACCAGGCUGGAACGGGCGGGGAUGGAGGGGUUUGGAGAAUGGAUUACCCAUGAGGAGGUCGCUACUCCUCUUACCUGGAAACAAACGUUCAACCUAGACAAAGGGGCUAUCCUAGGCCUCGCCCACGAUUUCCUGAACGUACUCUCCUUCCGUCCCCGGAUAAAGCAUCCUACGAUCCAAGGGUGUUAUUUCGUAGGCGCCAGUACGCAUCCAGGGACGGGAGUGCCGAUCAUUCUUGCGGGAGCGAGGCUGACGGCUACGAAUGUGUUAAGGGAUUUGGGCUUGGGGGUGCCUCGGGCUGAGGGGGAGGGGCAGGGGGAGGGAAAGGGAAAGACGAAGCCGAAGAAAGAGAAAGAGCUGGACAUGAGGCUCAAGCUCAAACGCGACUGGGACACACUUUCCCUUCUCCAACUCCUCUUCUUCCUCUUCCUCACUUGGACGCUCUCCCGCCACCUGUCCACUCUUGACCAACUACAGGAAGUCACCGCUUGGUUGCAGGGGACAUACGGGGCCGUUCUGGCCAGAGUGGGGAACGGGACUGCUUACUUUGACAGGAGGGUUUCGGCCGUGUUUACGAGCCGUACUUUGCGCGGGGCGAUGUAUUAG